AUGACUGAUGCAAAUGUUAUUAUUCGUCAUGGUCAUCUUUUAUCAAGUUUAAUUGAUAAGGCACAUUGUGGUUCAACACUUGCAUCUCUUGUUCAUUGUUAUUAUGAAUUAUAUGGAAAAUGUUGUACUACUAAUCUGGUUACUACAUUUUCCAAAUUAUUUACACUUUUCUUUUUACAAUAUUAUCGAGAUUUUACACUUGGAAUUGAAGAUGUUCUUUUACUUCUGUCUGGUGUAUCACAUCGAUGUCGAUCGAUUAAUAAAUGA